CAGCCUCCGCCGCUUCAGCUUCCCGAGCGAGCCCUGCGGCCGCCGGAGCAUCUCCCGCGGCGGAGCAGGAGCCGGAUGGUCAGAGGAGCCCGGCAGUCCCAGCAGCCGCGGAGUCGCCUGGCCCCCAGACUGACGGGCACGGUGGAGAAACCACCUCGAAAGCGGAAAAGCAGGACUGAAUUUACUCUUAAAGAAACCAUGUCCUCUGGAGGUGCUGAAGAUGACAUCCCACAGGGAGAGAGGAAGACUGUUACAGAUUUCUGUUAUCUUUUGGAUAAGUCCAAGCAGCUAUUCAAUGGGUUAAGAGAUUUGCCACAGUAUGGACAGAAGCAGUGGCAGUCCUACUUCGGAAGAACUUUUGAUGUUUAUACCAAACUCUGGAAAUUCCAGCAGCAGCAUCGACAAGUCCUGGAUAAUCGGUAUGGCUUGAAGCGGUGGCAAAUAGGGGAAAUCGCCUCCAAGAUCGGGCAGCUGUAUUACCACUAUUAUUUACGCACAUCUGAAACCAGCUAUCUGAAUGAAGCUUUCUCCUUCUAUUCUGCAAUCAGACAAAGAUCAUACUACUCUCAAGUCAAUAAAGAAGACAGGCCUGAGUUGGUUGUUAAGAAACUCCGAUACUAUGCAAGAUUUAUAGUAGUUUGUCUUCUUCUUAACAAAAUGGAUGUUGUAAAAGACCUGGUAAAGGAAUUGUCUGAUGAAAUUGAAGACUAUACUCAUCGCUUUAAUACUGAAGAUCAAGUAGAGUGGAACCUGGUGCUUCAAGAAGUAGCAGCAUUCAUUGAGGCAGACCCUGUGAUGGUGUUAAAUGAUGACAACACCAUUGUUAUCACAUCCAAUCGCCUCGCUGAAACAGGAGCCCCGUUGCUGGAACAAGGCAUGAUUGUGGGACAGCUCUCUCUGGCUGAUGCACUCAUUAUUGGUAAUUGUAAUAAUCAGGUCAAAUUCAGUGAAUUAACUGUUGACAUGUUCCGGAUGUUGCAAGCCUUGGAGAGGGAGCCAAUGAAUUUAGCUUCGCAGAUGAAUAAACCAGGAAUACAGGAGCCAGCUGACAAGCCUACCAGACGAGAAAACCCCCACAAGUAUCUGCUCUACAAACCGACCUUCAGCCAACUGUAUACAUUCUUAGCAGCAUCUUUUAAGGAGCUGCCUGCCAAUAGUGUGCUUCUGAUUUACCUGUCAGCCACUGGCGUUUUCCCCACAGGUCGUUCUGAUGGUGAAGGUCCUUACGACUUUGGAGGUGUACUUACUAAUAGUAACCGGGACAUUAUAAAUGGAGAUGCAAUCCACAAACGAAAUCAGUCCCACAAGGAGAUGCACUGCCUUCAUCCUGGAGAUCUCUAUCCAUUCACAAGGAAACCCCUGUUCAUCAUUGUGGACUCCUCCAAUAGUGUUGCCUACAAGAAUUUCACAAACUUGUUUGGACAGCCACUUGUCUGCUUGCUUUCUCCGACAGUGUAUCCAAAAGCUUUGCAAGAUCAGUCUCAGCGAGGUAGCCUCUUCACUCUCUUUUUGAACAAUCCUCUAAUGGCCUUCCUAUUUGUGUCUGGAUUGUCAAGCAUGCGUAGAGGCCUGUGGGAAAAGUGUCAAGAAUAUCUUCGAAAAAUCAACCGUGACAUUGCCCAGCUACUGACCCACUCACGUUCAAUAGAUCAGGCCUUCCUCCAGUUUUUUGGAGAUGAGUUUCUUCGAUUGCUUCUCACAAGGUUUGUCUUCUGCUCAGCCACCAUGAGGAUGCACAAGGCCUUUCGGGAAACUCGAAAUUACCCAGAAUCCUAUCCACAACUGCCAAGGGAUGAAACCGUGGAGAAUCCUCACCUUCAGAAGCACAUUUUGGAAUUGGCCACCAUUCUGGAUGUUCGAAAUAUCUUCUUUGAGAAUUCUAUGGAUGACUAUUAAAACCCUCUUGUUUAACAGUUUUUUCAUUUUCCACAGAUUUUAAAUGGUGCAGUUUUUUAAUGUAAUGACAGAGACAUAGUGUGUUACUUGGUUUUUAUUUUUGGAUUUAAGAACCAUCAUUUUAAAAGCAAACUGAAAAAAAAAGUUCAGACUUUUAGGGUAACUUUUAAAAUAUAAUCUUUCAAGUCUUUUAAAGUCUCAAUGUUGAAAUUUUUAUUUUUGGUUUUGACAUUAGAUACUUACCUCUGACAUCCUAUACUCAAAUAGUUACUUUGCCACCCUAGGAAGAAUAAAUUAUUUUUACAUAAUGAGGACAAUUCAUAAAUUAUACUUGGACUUGUCUGGAUUUGGGAACUAUCUAAUUGUUCAUAGUGGUGAAACUAGCCACAUGGACUACUGAAAAUCAAGAGCAGAGCCCUUCUGUGGAGUUUCUUUCUACUCCACACUAAUAGGUAGGAAAGUGAGUUACUCGCUGAUGUACAAAUGGAUGUCUUAAGAUCACUGAAUAUCAUUAAAUUAUGUCAGAUUUUUAGAAUUUGUUUAGGAUUGAAUUGCAUCUGGAAAUUAAAUCUUAAAUUGGAACUUUAAGAUGAUAGACCUUACUUAGAAUGUGAAUACUGUUAUCAUGAAAUUUGUUUGCAUAUUUUAUUUUCAUUGUAGUCUUUGAAUGCCAGAAAUGCAAAGGAAAAUGCUUUUAAAUAUUUCACCCAAAAAUCAAAUCAGUGGUUUCAUAAUCCUGCAAUGUCUCCAGUAGGAUUUUGAUUGGGUUUUAAACAGUGUUUUCAUAGAUUCCUUGGUAUACUCACUGCACAGUUUCUGAUCCUUUUUCAUAUUCAAGUGUUAGAGAUACUGUCAAUUUGAAUUGAGGAUAAUUGGGUAUUAGGAAAGUAAGUUUUGAGUUGAUUUUGCUUUGGCAGUUUGGAAGUAAGAUAUUGAAACUCCCUGAUUUUUGUUAUUUUAUAUUCAUGCACAAGUUAUUUUUUAAUAUUUUAAAUAGGACUCAGUAUGUAAUAUAAAGAAUUUUAUGUGUUCUUCCCCUCCAUCUCCUUGAUAAUCUCAAGGGUUGCGAUUAUGAGAAGGUUCCCCCCUUCCCAGCCCCUUUAGGUUGCAUGGCAUUUAAGUUCAAAAAUCAGUGCAUCACACUUCCUUCUGCCCAUUUUCUGUGUAGGUUCAUGGUCUACCCCUGGCAGUUCCUGGGGUCGCCUUCUCUCACCUAGCGCAUCUUGUAGUUGUAAGUUGUGACCAUCUCUGCUCCAGUGCAUGCAUUUCAUGAUGUCCAGGUUAGAGCUGAGUCAGAGACUUUGGAUGUUUUGUUUGCUGUUAAAUUGUUUGUGUGUUCUUUCACACAGUAUUUUUUAAAACUUAGAAAAAAAGUUAAUGUGGAAAGAGCCAUUGCAGGUGGUAGUUUUUCCUUUUUAAAAGGCCUACUUUGUUUGCAAAUCAUGGUUUUCCUUUUUUAACUGUUCUGAACUGUAGCAGUAAAUGGUCAUUAGCUCCUCUGUUCCAGUUGCCUUAACUGCUAACCUACAACACACACUUUCCUGUUUCCUGACAUUUAAAGUGGCUGUCCUGUGUUUUAUUCUUUUCUGCUAAGCAUAAGGACCGCUGGUUUCAGAAGCAAGAGGUCUGAGUUCUAAUUUUGGCUUUUUUAAUAAUUAGCAUGAUACCCUUUGAUGAGUAGCUUCAUGUGUCUGCUUUUUAGCACUCUUCCAUAUAAAGAAGAGUGACUUACCCAAGAUCCUGAUCUUGUCUGUAAUUCUACAGUUUGGAGCCUUAGUUCCAAAAAUGUUUAUCUCCUCCCCACUGCUUCCAGAAAAAAAUUGAUUUGUAUGUGUUUUUAGCACUAUAAUAUCCUUCCCAUAUUGUGUUUACUAAGAUAGUUCAAAAAAAAACCACUAGAUCCUACUUAGCUGUUGAGACUUGCUUAGACUGUCCUGGGGAAAUUACUUUCCUUGAUCAGAAAAAUGUGUCUUAAAGAUCACAGUGUAAAACUAGAUUAUAAUGGGGGCCCUUGAACUAACAGUAAUGUAGUUCCUAACUAGUAGCUAAAGAUCUAAAGUGGACCGAAACUGAGGCUGUAGCUCCAUGGAACAGCAUUUAUCUAGUAUUCAGAAAUUCUGUAUUUGGCCUCCAUCAUUUUUUAAAGAAAAAAAAAAAUAGAAACAGUUUUGAACUGGGUGUUGUGGUGCAUGCCUGUAAUCCCAGUACAUAGGAAGAUUGCAAGGUCAGGGUGAACCUAGACUAUACAGCAAAAGUUCAUCUCAAAAAUAACUGCUAAGUAACCUGUCUUGGGGGGGAAAAAAACCUAGUAAGAGAUCCGGAAUCUUAGAGAACAAAACUAUGGUAAGAAAUUUGAAACAUUUUUAAAAGUUAUGCCUUUAAGAAGAAAAACAUGUAUUUCACAGCAGACAUUUUUUUAAUGGCACUUGAAAUGCAAGCAAAAGAGACUUAAAAAUUCUUGCAUUAAGGAUUAAGAUUAUGGCUUGGUAGUAGAACCUUGCCUAGCAUGCACACAGCCCUGGUUUCCAUUCCCAGCACUUGGAGGUAGAACAACAGCAUCAUGAGUUCAGGACCAUCUUUAGCUAUAUAGAGUAAGCUCUAGACCAGGCUGGGCUGCAAGAGACCCUGUCCCAAAAACAGAUUUGCUUAUUUUAAGCCCUUAGGAUUUUUAAAAACUUAAAUAUUAGAAAUAAAAACAGCAAAGCUGAAGAAGCAACAUUUUUGUACUCAAAUUGCACAAAUUUCUGUAUAGAUUCUGAUAAAGUUUCUGGUUUCUUAAGAAUCAUUGUAAACAAACUAGAAAGCAUCAGACUCCAAGAGACCAGUUACACACAAAGCAGAGUGAAGCACAAUGUGAUUUUCUUUCUGUAUUCAUAUAUUUCUAAUACUAAAGCAGCCACCUUGCCUGUUUUAUAGCAGAGACAGCUGAGGUGUCCAAAGGCUGCUGAUUAUUUUAUGAUAGGGCUACAAACAUCUCAUCUCAGCCCAGUCUCCCCAGUAGCCCAAACUUCUUUCUGUAAAAAAAGGAGAGAAAAGUUUAGAGCUGUAAAUUCUUAACAUAAAAAAUUAAGAUUUUGUUCCCAGUGUAUCAGAUAUUCAAAUCAGUCAGGAUAAGGCUCAGUCAUAAAGUGCUUGCCUAGCAUCUCCAAGGCCCUGUGUUUGAUUCCCAGUACAGUGAAUAUUCAUGCCAGUCACCCGUAGCAUAUUCUUAUUAAUUAUAAAAUCAGAUGGGUUUUUUUUCUUUGAUUUUAGUCAGGAUAUACUCUUUGUAUGUUUCCCUCCUAGGAAGUGGUGCUCUCAAAACCUUUCAAAGCACAGAAUUUAUUGUGCUCUUUAUAUUUUUUAACAAAGCUGAAAUGUUUCACAGUUUGGAAAUUGAGGUGUAAUUUGAUCUUACUUGAGGUUUUCCUAACUCAGGGUCUGUCUGGGUUUGGAGUUUGAUUUUGUUUUUUCUCCUCUGUCAUGCAAUAGAAUUCCCUUAAAUAGGUAAUGGUACUGAAUUUCAUUAGUGUCAAGGAAGAAGUACAGAUCAGACUCCUGAAUAGGUUACAGACCCUUCUCUACCAUUCUCCAAGUUCAAUCUCUGCCUGCAUCUGAGAAGUGGUUUCAACCUAGUUGAAAAGUCUCAGUUAUCCAUGGAGACUGAUAGUCACCUCAAUAACCAGAUGUUCUGGAGAUAUAUUAAGGUACCAGUGUCUGCUUACUUGGCCACUGCCAUAAUUAUCUGUCCACUCUAUAAGAGUGAGUAUAAGACUUAAUAUAAACGUGAAUAUGAAUGCCUUGAGUCUCCUGGUGAUGUCUCCUGGUGACUUGGGAGUGUUUUCUGUUCUCAUGUUUAUUUGGAGAAUUUAAAGAGUGUUUAGGCUGAAGGCUCUUUUUAGAACUUAUUUAUUUGAAAUUCUUAUUUUUAAUGGCAUGUGUAUAUUUUUGUGAGGCUAAAUCUCUGUAAACUUUCUGUAUAUAUGUGUACAUAUCUGUAAAUAUCUUGGUGUGCGGUGUGUGUAUUAUAUACCCAUACCCAUUGUGGGCUGAAUUUAUUUUAGUUCUGUGAGGACAUCAGAGUGGCAUUGUUCAUGCUACUAUAAUUAGGUUGUGGCUAGAUCUCUUUAACAAGCCUCAAUUUUAAGGGGCUUGUGUUGAGAUAAAAAUGGGCUCCUUUGGAGUUGAAAUUAGGAUAUGAAAAUACUAAGAGGAGGCUUCAUAUUUUCAGCUUUAGACUCAUCUACAAACUUCCAUUUAAAUUGAUACGUUUGCUAGAAACCUGAAAACCUAAGUUUGUAAAACUGAGACACCAGCAGUGUCUUAAACUUUAUUGGUCCAAUUUUUUUUUAGUCCAUAUUUGAGUGUUACUACUGAGUAGAAAAUUGUUUAUGACUUUGGGGGUGGGGAGACUACUGAAAAAAAUUACUUUGCUCUCAUUUGAAAAUAGGAAAUAUCUUUAAGUUGAGGAAAUAGUCAUGUUUAUCAUUUCAGUAUUGGAUGCUAAAUCUUAAUUUCUGAAUUUUUUCCCCAUCAGUAUGCUCAUUCUAAAUGUGUUUCUAUGAGGCAAAAGAAGGCCAAACCUCAGAGGGCUGGAUAGAGAGGAACUGGGUUGUUGAUGUGUGUCUGCAGCAGUGUCUGGUUAAAUAAACUUUUCUUACUGGCAUUCAUAUCAAAGAUACAUCUAUUCAUCUGGGGGAAAAAAUGUUUCCAGCAAAUUCAGUGCCUUUACUUUUAUUGCUGAGUUCUAUGGGAAUACUUUUGCUCUACAGUUUAACCAUACAUUCACAUACAAAGUGGAUUUCUUAAUAUGAAGUGCCUGAGAGGGUAUAAACCCUAGGCUUUCAGCUGAGCACAGCGUGUGUUAGGGCAAGGGCACUACAUCUGUAAUCCCAGUUCUCUUAAAGUGGAGGUAGGAGAGUCAAGAGUUCAGGCCAGCCUCUGAAGCAUAGUAAGUUUAGGAGCAGCAUGGUCUACAGAACCCCCCUACUCAAAAAUCAUGACAGAAAAACCAAACAAAACAAAAAUGACAGAAAGACUUGGGAUGGUAGUAAAAUUAUAGAAAAUAUGUACAGUGCCAAUUCAUGAGUGUCUGGGAUAUUGCUGAGUAUCAUUAUCUUUAGUUUAUGUGUUUGUUCACAUGAAUGUAAUGGAUGUUUAAACACACUUCUAUAUUCACUUUAAAUAGGAAAGUUAUUUCUGCAUUGUAAAAUAAAACUGCAGGGCAGCUUUCUACUCUAAUCUUCCAAAAACAAAUCAAUCUAUUAACAUUAUAUUGUUUCAAAGAGAGAAAUCAGUUUGAGUCAGUUUUACCAUUUCUAAUGCUAUUACAUUUGCCUCCCCAUUGUUAAUAAAGCAGCCAGUUGUGCAUAACUUUUCAAUUAUACUCUUAAAGUUGUCUUUUUUUUUUUUUUUUUUGAAGUACAUUAAGAUGCAUUAAUGUGUUUUUCCUGAGAAAUCCUUCAAAAAAUGUUCACAGGCUCUAAUGUUUUAACAGCCAAACUUCUUUGCGGGUGGCAGGUCAUAUAUUAUGUUGUUUAAAAAUUCCUAAAACUAGGGGCUGGAGAGAUGGCUCAGCAGUUAAUAAGAGCACGUCUUUUGUUUGUUCUUUUGCUUUCUUAUAGCCCUGGCUGUCCUGGAGUUAGCCAUGUAGGCUGAGCUGCCUCCUGAGUGACGAGGUUAAAUGUCAUGAGCCACCACACCUGGCCAAGAGGACCUGGGUUUCAUUCUUAGCGUCCACAUGGCUCCUCACAGCCUUCAGCUCUCAGGCACACAACAUCCUCUUCUGGCAGAGACAUAUAUGCAGGCAAAACACUCAUACAUCUAAAUGCUUAUUUAAAAAAAAAAAAUUAAAGCAUAGUAGGAAAGGUUGAUGGCUGUGCCUUUAACUUCUGUCCCAAACAGUCACAAAGCUGGUAACUUUGCAGUUGAGUAAGCUACGAAUUGCUGAGAAAACAAAGCCUUUUCCCCAUAAUCUCUGGAAUGCUUAUGUACUGAUGCUGCACACACAGUCAACUCCUAGUCUUUCCUGAAUACUAGGGCCACAUAAUUAAUAAAAGUGAAAAGACGAUACAUCUUCCUCAGAGUAGACCUUCCAAAUGUAAGUCUAUACUUAGUCCCAUCUUUCCUGAGAUAAUUUUCAACAAGAUAAUUUUCAACAUUCUUUGUAUUUAAUGAAGAAUGAUGUAUGUGCAGAUGGGGUCAGUCACUUGCUUACGGGAAAGGAAUGAUGUAGGAGAAACAUGUAAUUAGGUAAGCAUACAGGUAUUGAGUGUAACUAAUUUGGUGCCAGAGAAGUAUUUUCUUUGGAAUUCUAUAACUAUGUUUUCUUAAGUGAAAGUCAGUAUAGAACCCCAUUUUUAUACAAGACUGUUCAUAACUGUUAGCAUCAUUUCAUAGUUUAAAAAUAUCCUUAUUUCUUUUUGUGGUUUUCAAGUUUUGUUUAAGUUAGAUUACUCAAUGCAGUAAUUUUGGUGGUGGUGGUGGUGUUUUUGUUGUUUUGUUUAUUGACAGUAUAGUCAGUAUACUUUAAAAAACAGUAAUAAGUAUAUUCCAUUGCAUCUGACAGAUUUGCCUACAGACUCAGUCUGAAUUUGGUCACAGAACAGUCUACAAAUUGCAAAUAUUUUUCCCUUAAGUGGACAGUUCUAGUCUGUAUCCUAAGACAAUCAUCUCUUUAGUUGUAGUAUUGUUUGUGGCAAUAUCACUAAUUUCAAAUUUACUUUUCUCAGAUCUCAGACUUUACGUUUUAAAUUUUUAUUCUUAUGAAAUGAAAGUAAUGGAGUGAGUUAUAUCACUUUCAAAUUAAAGAUAAUUAUGGCUAGUUAUAAGUCUGCAGUGAAAGGUAUUUAAAUUAUUAUAUUUUUUAAUAUAUCACGGGGUUUUUUUCCAUUUAAAGUUGUUAUGAAUGUCCACUGGUUCCUCGUUCAAAAGUGAGAUUUAUAGUAGAAUUUGAACUAUGAAUUUUCUUAUACAUGAAACCAGCAUAACCAUUAUAAAAUGUCAAAUGAUGUUACCCUUUUCUCCAGUAAACAUUUCCAAACCACAGAGAAAUGCCACUGUAUGUUUUCAAAACCUUAACUCCCAUCCUCUUUUGCAUGCCACUGAUUUUUUUUUCCUAAAUUAAAAGUAUACAGUGAUGUGUUUAAAAAUCUUCAGGAAAAAAAUUACUUAAGAUGUUUUAGCAUAGUAAGUUUUGUUACUGUUUGCUGAGGAGUUUUUUUUUUUUAAUUCUUUAUGAUAUCAUCAUUAAAAUACUUCGUGUGGUUCAAUACAGUAAUUUAGAAUUUGAUUUAUGUGGCCUUUUGUAGUUACCUAGAAGCAUUAUUUUCACCACAUAGGACUAUGAUCACUAGUUUUCCAAACUUUUUUUUUUUUUUUUUUAAUUUUAAUGAGCCUUGCUCUUCAACUGGGGUCCUGUAUAUUGUGGGAUUCUUACAAUUGAGGCAGAAAGGUCUUACAUACCAAGAAAUGCAGAUACAGUGUCCUAACAUAUUCUUUGUAGAGAUUACAAGAGAAAUCUCCCCAGAUAAGUUACCCCUAUGUUGUAGCACCAAUAUAAGUAGUAGUUGCAUUUGUCACUAAAUCAGAAGUAGUUAGAAAACAUUUACUUUGCUGUAAGGAUUAGUAUGAUUUCAGAGAACUUUGUUAUUUUCUGAGCAGUUUCCAUUUUUUAAGGUUUAGCAUCAAUUAGCUUUAUUCAAGGUAUCACUAAAGUUUUAAUUUAAUCGAGUAAGAUUUUUUUAAAAGUUGUUUGAUCUUUUUUACCCUGAAAAUAAUGGUGAACCUGUUGUCUACAAUAUGUUAGGCAGAAAUGCACUUGUUGAAAUCAUAGCAGAAACUAUACUUGACUUUCUAAUAGUGUGAAACACUUUAAAAAAAAAAUGUGCUUGUCUGUAACUGAGAUGUUAUAGAAUUGUAACACUGUAGGGACUAUAGAGUUAUAUUUAUUAGCUCAACAGAUUGAAGCACAAUAUUCAUGUAACAAACCUUAUCCAAGUGCUCUCUGUCGUGAAAAUAACAAAGCUGAUUGCCUAUUUAGUUGUUCACAGAUCAACUAUGAUCCUUGAGACUUGUCUUGUUCAUUUGGGUAUUGUGAGUUAAUACUUUAGAAUAAACCUGUCAGCUCUGUUAUACAGUAAACUGUUUGGAUUCACAAUUUUUAUGUGUUACUGGUGAAUUUUGAAGAGACUUUACUACAGUGACUAAGGGAAAAUUAUAUUGUAUGAUUUGACCUCAACGUUUGUGUUGUAAAAGUCUUGUCUGUUGGCGUUUCUAAAUUGUUUAAACUAUACAUUCUCUUAAGGUUUUUAUUUCGUUUUGUUCCUUUCCAGCAGUCAUUUCUGCUUUUGUCUGUCACAAUUAACAUUUUAUAGACCUUAGAAAUUGACAAGUUCUUGAACAUUUUAUUUUCCUGCUUUGAUCACUUGACUCUUGUGUGAUUUGUCAUAAACAAUGUGAGCCUUUCACUUCUUCACUACAUGGAUUUCAGAGUAAACACUGUGAUUCUGCAGAGCAGAUUCCGUAGGCGUUCCAACGUUAACUGUUCUGUUACACGGUGCCUAUCGCUUAGAGGGCACAUAAAUACUAGAGGAUGGAAAAUAAAACGUUGUGGUUUUGAUGUUUGUUAAAUAACAAGAUUACAGAAUAUUUGGGGUUUUGUGGUCAGUGUAAUAAAGAACUUUGCAUUGAUAAAUAUUCUCUAGGAAUGUGAAUACAUUCAUCAAGUGUGAACUCUUGUAAAUGAAUUUUGUAUCUUGAAUCACGUAUAUAUUAAGUGUAUCAUCAAUAUUAAAAUAAACAUUAUUUGCUUAAA